AUGGUGGAUUUUGAGUCAGCUCAAAUUCACAGUGAUGAAGAAGAACUAUCAUUAUUCGCCGCUCAGUCGCCUUCUAAGGUCGCAAGUCUCUUCUUCCUGCCGUAUAUUGAGCUCCAAAUUGACGACCCGAAAUAUUCGUGUCCGCAGCGCGCUGCUGGCGCCUCCAACGACGCUUUGGCCGUCCUCGCAGCUUUGAAGUGCCCGUCCAUUCGUGUGCUCGGUAUCGCCACGUCAUUCAGCCACUAUGUGACGUGUGAAGCUGCCACACUCAACGCUCAAGGACUGUGCAUAGCAUCAGACCAGCAGCAGCAGCAGCAGCAGCAGCAGCAGCAGCAGCAGCAGCAGCAGUACCCCCAGCACUCCUGUUCCAGCGUGCCCCUCGUUUCUGGCCCGGACGGGCUGGCAGGAGUGCAGUGCGGGGCAGGGAAGGGGGCGGAGGAGCAGAUGUAUGGAGAGGGGGCGGAUGGAGAGGGGGCGGAGCGGAGGGCGUGGGAGUGGAUGUGUGAGGAGGUGGCGAGGAGGCCAGGGCAAGUCAGCAUGGUGCAGCUGGGACCCAUGACCAACCUCUGUGAGUGCUUGCACGGGUGCUUCACUCAGUGCCCCUUGUUUCCAUGCGACCCAUGUCCUCCCAUCCAUCCCUCCCCUCCCUCCCAUCCCUCCCCUCCUCCCCGUCCCUCCCCUCCCUCCCCUCCCUCACCUCCUGCCGUUGUUGUGCUGCUCGUUUCCCAAACCUCCAUGUCAUUGCUCUCCCAGUGCCCCUCCAUAGUGUCCGAGGUCCCUGUCAUCUGA